AUGGAAACAAGCAAGAAAAGAGCAAAAAUUUAUAAAGUUUUCUACGAUGAAGAAGUGAUCGAUCAAUGUCCUGAAUAUGAAAUGGUGUUCAGCGAACAGAAACCACAUCCAGAGUAUAGUCGUUUAGCCAAUGACGCAGCCAAAGACACCAGUAUGGAAUACAUGAGAAAUCUGAUCACAUCUGUGGAGACGUACCUAAAGAAAAAUAUAGCUGAUAUCAAUGGAUUAUUUAUCAAACAUGAUAUUGAAGCUGUGAUUAUUUCCGCUGUUCUGUCACGAUUCAAACGAGAUGAAAAACUGGCCGUGAAAUAUCCAUCAUAUGAAUCUGUUUUUCUCUGUAAUCAUAAAUAUUAUCAACGAACACGAGAACGCCAUCCACUCCAUUUUUCAUACAUUAAUAUCGAUAAUGAUGAUGACGUUGAUCAGUUUAUUCGGAACCCUAUAUUAAAGUAUCCAUUCUUUCUCAAGGCUCUUGAGUUACAACGGAGUCUUCAUCAGUAUAUUAUUAAAGAUUGUCAGCAAUUGAAAGAAAUUGUCUCUGAACUUCGAAUUGUUUUACCAAACUAUAAUGCUGAAAAGAAAUACGUUAAUGAAUACGCUUUAGACUUGCAAAAGUAUCCUUUGACAAGCAAAAAUAUAAUGAUCUGUGAAGAAUUCAUCAGUGACUGUCUUCAAUUAAAUUGGGAGGGAUGGGCUGAUCAUCAAGGUACAAUAUUUACUUACGGUUUCACUGAUGAAAUACUUCAAGAUAUUUCUUUCAAGAGUAGUUUUGUCAACAUUGAAUUAUGGAUAAGAAAAACGAAUUAUGAUGAUAUUCGUAUUAUUGAAGUCAAUCCUCGUAUUGCAUCUUCUUAUCAGAAUCAAUAUCGAAGUUCUUAUCAUGGUGCUAAUUUAUAUCAUUCCAUCAUUAAACUUUCCAUGGAUCAUACAGACAUUGGUGUUAUUCCAAAUGUUCAAACGAAUUUUACUGGCUUGUAUUCGUGUCAAUCUGUCAUUGGUACACGAUGUGAUGGAAAAAUUUCUCAAUUAUUAGAUUUGGACAAAAUCGAACAAGAAAAACAAAUUAGAAAAGAUUAUCAUUUCGUCUUUUAUUUUAACGAUCCAGAAUUUGAAAUCGUUGAUAAUCAUCAGGGUAGUGGAAAAGUCUUAAUGAAAGUCUUUUUUACUACAAAAACGUACGAACAAGCACAAAACGAAUCAUUACGAUUAAAAAAGUUAUUUCUCAUCAAGGAUAACUUUGAUAUGACAAUGCCAAAAAUAGAUCAUCAUUAA